AGUGACCCUCACAUCAGAACAACUAUGAGUGGAAUUCAAAACGGCACAAAUCCUCAGAUAUGCAGCAUUGGCUUUGCACACUGGACUUUCUCUGUGAUUCCCAUAUACGUCAUGACCAUUGCCGUGUUGGGAAUUGUUCUCAAUCUAUUUGUGCUGAUGGUUUUCAUCUUGCAUAAGAAAGCCUGCACAGUGGCUGAGAUCUACCUGGGCAACCUGGCUGCUGCUGACCUUCUCCUGGUGUCCUUCCUGCCUUUCUGGGCUGUCUAUGCUUACAGAUACUAUAACUGGACUUUUGGUUCUGUUUUGUGCAAAACUGUCAAUGUGAGCAUUUUAAUGAAUGUCUACUGCAGCAUCUUUUUCCUGGUUCUUGUUAGCAUAGACCGUUAUUUUGCUCUGGUGUUUCCAUUGUCUCAUGCUAAACUGCGUGGACCGGUCUGUGCCAAAGGGGCAUGUUUCCUAGUGUGGGUUGCAGGAUUUUUAUUGAGUCUUCCUGCACUGAUUUACAGAGAUGUAAUUCACCUGGGACCAAAUGUUACAAAAUGCACUGUAGAUCCUCCAAGCACCACUACUUUAAUUGAUUGUAUGAUUUUUAUAUUUGGCUUCGUAAUACCUGUUUCUAUUAUUUCUUUCUGCACUGUUAAAAUACUCAAAGCUUUACGUAACAGAAUAUCCGAGGGAUUAAAUACUCAGAAAAAAGACCAUAAGGCCACUACUUUGGUCUUAGCUGUUCUCCUAGCAUUCCUUUUCUGCUGGGUCCCAUUCUACCUCUAUAAAAUACCCUCUGUGCUCAGAGACAGACACAUUUUAACGGACUGCACCUCCAAGUACAUCUUGUUCAUCAGCGGAAACAUCUUCACCUACUUGGGUUUCUUCAACAGCGUCCUCAACCCCAUCCUCUAUGUCAUUGUUGGAAAAAACUUCAGGAAAAAGGUCAAGGAGUUAUUCACGAAAAGGAAAGGUGAACGCAGUGCAACUCUCAGCCGCUCCUCCAUUCAAACCUUCCUGUCAAGGAGGAUUAAAAGCUUAGAUUAGAUUGUAAAAACUGGAUUGGCUGGACUUAUUUACAUGAAAUGUGUUUCCAGCUAUAAAUAUGAUGAUUUUGAUUCAGUGUUGCAUGUUUUUGUCUAAAUAAAGACAUUUCUUGUGCUUUUUUAAGAAAAACCUACUUUGACACUAAACACUUCAAUGGUGUGAAGCUGUUGGCAAAUGUAGAAGCAAGAAUAGUUAUUAUAACUAAUGUGAAGGUUGUUAAUAUAUAAAUAUUUCAGUUUAUUUUUCAAUAUAUCGGUUUUUGUUUGUCAUUUUUGUUAUAUCAAUCUAAAGACAAAUGUAAGGUUUUUUGUUGAAUGUCUGUUUGUUUAUGUCUAUGUCCAAAUUUUUGAAAGACCUUUAAAAUCUUAAUAAAUCACAAGGAAUCAACAUAAUAGUUCAAAAUAGUUUUUGACAUCAAGGGUGUGGCUGUUCCUAAUUCAAAUGCCUGAUGUUUUCCUGUUUAUGUUCUGUGCAACUUUCCUGGAUACCAGACAAACUGCUCCAUCUCUCACACCCAACAACUGUUUAAAUAGAAAAGCUUUUAGCAAUAACACUGCUUCAGGUUUAAACUAGAUUACUACAAAUAUUACAGAUGAAAUCGAUUUGAAAAACAUUAUGAAAGUAAUGAUGAACAACUAUUAACACAAAUGUCUUCCUCUUUAAGCUUUAUAACACUCUUCUAAUAGGAUGUAUGAGGCUUGUUAAUGUAUUUCAAGGGAUUUUUUUCCCCACAAAUUUGCUUUGAGAUGAUUUUAUGGAUAUUAUGGAUAAAUCCUUUAAUUUGUCUUUUGCUAUGUAAAUGUGCAGUUUGUAACCUUUACUUCACUCAUACUGGCUGAUGCUUCUUUGAACUGAAAUACACAUUUGUAUCAGAAUACAACAAAUAAUAUUGGAUCCAUGCAGGUUAUGAAAGGAAAGAAAAAUGUUUUGUUGAUCUAAACUAUUUUGCACCUCUUGAUCACUGCAAUUGUGAGUUACAAUGUUCCUUUCCAUAUUUGUCUUGUUAACGGUCCAAUGUUUGAAAUCUGUGUUGUUGCUUUAGCUUCCUCUGAGCUGCAGAUGAAAUAUUUUAAGUGUUUUUUACAUGAGUCACUCUUGUGUUUAUAAAUCGCUAGAGUAUCGUCACUAGUAUACCAAAGCGCUAAAUGUAUUACACUUGGAUAUAUUUAUCUUGCAUGUGUGCAUCCCUGAACUCCUGCAUUAACCUUGUUGGAUAUUUUACUCUGAAUUGUAACAAAAUGUAAACAAAUAAACAUUGUGCCUUCGUG